UUCAACGGAGGGAGAGUCGAGAAGAAAAAUGGCGUCCGCAGACGACCCGGAGCGGGACACUGGCCAUUCACUUUGAGCUUUGCGCCCCCUGAAAUUGAGCCCGGGGCUUGGCGGGGGGACCGAGCGAGAGAACCGUCGCCGGGGACCCGCGGCGCGUUUCCCCCCUUCCCUUUUCCCCUUGGGUGCUUGUCUCCUCCGAGCAGCGAGAUUGAAGCGGAACAUCAGCGCCUCUCUCCCGCGAUGAGGGGGAGGAGAGGAAGGCCGCCCAAACAAGCCGCCGCCGCGGUGCGGGAGGGCUCCCCGGGGCCGGUGCGGGGCUCCCGGGGCGGCCGGACCAGGGGCGUGCGCGGCCGGGGCCGGGGCUCCCGGGGCCGCGGGUCCCGGGGCCGGGGAGGGAGCAGCCUCUGCAGCGGCGGCUCCGCGGAGCUGGACGCGGACGUUUCUGCUCGGGAAAACUUUAAUUCGUCACGGGGCCGCAGGAAAGUUGGUGCCCCCAUCGGAGCCGUUACUCCCGCAGCGGUAGUCGUAGCGGCUGCAGCUGCUGCUCCUCUGCGGGGGAGAGGCGGCCGGGGCCGGGGCCGCGGCUCCCGGGGCCGGGGGGCCCGCGGUGGCCCCGGUGGCCCCGGGAGGAGGAGGCGGCCCCAGACCAAGGUGGUGUACGACGACAACAGCGACGAGGAGGACGACAAUAUCAGCUACCGCUCGGACGAGGACGAGCUGAACGACAACCCGUCGUCCUCGGGUCCGGAGGAGGAGGACGAGGAGGAGGCCCUGGAGGACUCGGACUACCUGCAGGAGCUGCCGGACGAGGAGGACGCCAGCUGCUGCACGGAGAGCAGCUGCAGGAGCCUCAGCACGCUGGGCAGCACGCUGGGCAGCAGCCCCCCAGGUCGGAAAAUAAGUCGGUCCCUGCGACCGCAUUCUCCUAUUCUUGAGGCAAAGGACAUUCCUUCCUUGGAGCUUCCCAGGUCUUCUGAGGACCUCAUGGUUCCUGCCCCGCAGCUCCUCAAUGUGUCGGCUAUCUAUGAGGUCCUACGCAACUUUGGCACUGUCUUGCGGCUCUCCCAAUUCCGAUUUGAGGAUUUCUGUGCAGCGCUGGCCAGCCAGGAGCAGUGUACGUUACUGGCAGAGACUCAUAUCGCUUUGCUCAAAGCUAUUCUCAGAGAGGAGGACACUUCCAACACCACAUUUGGGCCUGCUGACGUGAAGGACUCUGUUAAUUCCACACUAUAUUUUGUGGAUGGUAUGACCUGGCCGGAGGUGGUGCGGGCAUACUGUGAGAGUGACCCAGAAUACCGGCACAUUUUGCCUUUUCAGGAGAGUGAGGAUUAUCCGUAUGAACCACUGGAGAACAAAAUUAAAGUUCUUCAGUUUUUGGUGGACCAGUUUUUGGCAACCAACAUUGCCCGAGAAGAGCUUAUGUCGGAAGGGGUUAUUGCCUAUGAUGACCACUGCAGGGUCUGUCAUCGUCUUGGUGACCUGCUGUGUUGCGAGACAUGUUCAGCCGUUUACCAUCUGGAGUGUGUGAAGCCACCAUUGCAGGAAGUGCCAGAGGAUGAGUGGCAGUGCGAGGUCUGUGUGGCACACAAGAUACCUGGCGUGGUAGAUUGCAUUCCUGAGGUGCAGAAGAGCAAACCAUUUCUUCGUCAGCUUCCGGUGGGCUUUGACCGACACCACCGCAAAUACUGGUUCCUAAACCGCCGAAUUGUUGUAGAGGAAGAUGGUGAGCAGGAGGAAAAACUUAUCUGGUACUACAGCACCAAGGUCCAGCUGGCUGAGCUAAUAGAACGCCUGGAUAAGGAGUAUUGGGAGGCUGAUCUGUUUGCAUCCAUUGAGGAGAUAAGGGAUGAGGUGCACUCUCAUAUGGACAUCUCUGAGGAUCUAACAAACAAGGCUCGUGGCAGCAACAAGUGUUUCCUCACCGCUGUGAAUGAGGAGAUCUUGGACCGAUUGCGGGCUAAGAAGGAGGAGGAGCUGGAAGAGGUUAAAAGACGGGCUGCUGCGGAGGCCCAGAAAGCACGGCUGGAAAUUGAGAAGCAGGAGGUAGAUGUGGUGAAGGAAGAUGAUGAGGCCAGGCUGAAGAACAAUGGAGUUCAGGAGGACAAGAUAAAAGAUCUGCUAACGGAAGAACCGAAGACGAAAGACGAGGCUGCUCAGGAAACAGAGGAUGGUGCAAAUAUUGGAGCUGCUGAAGCUCCACCCACAGGCCAAGAAGGCCGCAUUGGUAUCUCAGACGAACCCACACUUCCAGGAACCUGUUCUCCAGUGCAAAGCUCCUCUCUGAGCUGUAGUCUGUCCACUGUGUCUCCAAAGCUCCCAGCUUCCUCUGUACAAGCUGGUACAGAGGGAAGCUCCCAUGUGGAGGUGUCUAACAGCACUGAAGCAGAAAACCCGUCAUCAGAGGCCAUCCCUGCCUGUGGAGAUGGCGUCCCCGGCCUAAGCCAGCUCUGUGAGAACAGUAACGGCAGCAUGGGAACCGGCGUCCAGCCUGAACCCCCAGACUUGGCGGACAGGUCUUCCCAGUCGUCCCUGGCAAGCUUUGAUGACACAGGGGACAGUAAAGACUCCGCCAACAAUGAAAUGAUGGGUCUCGGCGGUAAGAGAUCUUCGUCAACUCGCAUGGUGACCCGACUGAGGAACCCAGAGAGCAAGCUGAGCCAGCUGAAAAAUCAGCAGGUUGCAGCUGCCGUUCACGAAGCCAACAAGGGCUUCAAGGAAGGCAAAGAGGUUCUGGUAGUGAAUGCACAAGGCGACGUCACCCGUGUAAGCACACGCUGCAGCAAGGAUGUGGUGAUGAAGGGCACCGUCAUCCAAUACUUCAAGCUUGGUCAGGAGGGCAAGUACCGCGUCUAUCAUAACCAGUACAGCUCCAAUGCCCUGGCCCUCAACAAGCACCAGCACAGAGAGGACCAUGACAAGAGGCGGCAUCUCUCUCAUAAGUUCUGCAUGACGCCUGCAGGAGAGUUCAAGUGGAAUGGGUCUAUUCAUGGCUCUAAGGUUUUGACCAUCUCCACAUUAAGACUCACCAUCAUCCAGCUUGAGAACAACGUCCCAGCACCUUUCAUGCACCCUAACUGGACCUCACACAGGACCAAUUGGAUCAAAGCAGUUCAGAUGUGCAGUAAGGCCAGAGAGUUUGCACUGGCUCUGGCCAUCCUGGAGUGUGCCAUCAAACCUGUGGCUAUGCUGCCCAUCUGGAAAGACUCACUCGGCCACACCAGGUUAAACCGCAUGACUUCCAUGGAGCGUGAGGAGAAAGAGAAAGUGAAGAAGAGGGAAAAGAAGCUGGAGGAUGAAGAGACAAUGCAACAAGCAACCUGGGUCAAGUACACCUUUCCCAUUAAGCACCAGGUGUGGAAGCAGAAAGGAGAGGAGUACCGCGUUACAGGUUAUGGCGGCUGGAGCUGGAUCAGUAAGACUUAUGUGCCCCGGUUUGUCCCCAAGGUUCCCGGCAACACCAACGUCAACUACCGCAAAGAACUGGAAGAUGCUAAGCUUGGGAAGAAAUGUACCCUGCUGGACUUGAGCCAGAGGCAUAGCCCGGUUGCACCAGAAGCUGCGGUUGCUGCUGCUUCAAGCAGUGAAGCAAAAGAUCAAGGCUCUACCUGUCCACCCGAGCCACCUGCUGAAAACAUGCAGACUGAUGAGAAGCCAGAGGAGGAGAAGAAAGAAGGGCAGGAGGGAAGAGACAACAAGAAGGAGAUUUUGCCAGCAGACAUAUCGCCUGCAAAGAUUGAAGGAGAUCCUACAGACUCUACGUCAAAAGAAGAGAAGAUGUCUGAUAUUCAGGGGGAGGAUGCGUCCCUGAAAGAGGAGCCGACAGAAAGUCCUCAGCGGCCCUUCAACUACGAUGUUGUUGAUGUCAGUAAGGGCUUCCUCACCCGCAUCGCAUACAAGAGGAAGGCAAAGGCCUCCAAGCUGGACAUCCUGCUGGAGCGCAGAGUCAAGCAGCACAUGAUUGAAGAGAGGCAAAGACAGCAGGUGUCUGCAUCCAAACCCCUGGGGGAUACACCAGUUUCAUCAUGUUCAAUACCGGCUCUGAGCCCUUCGGUUCAGCUGCAGUCACCCCUCAAGUCCCAUGUUCCUGCACAGGCACAGCUCCCACUUUGUGACACUGUGAAACUGGAGGAUAAAUCUUCUCCGACCCAAAUUCCAAAAGCAGGAGGAGGUGGAGGACAAGAAGAUGGAGAUAGGCGGACUGAACUCUCUAGCACUCCUCCUACCGUUGUUUCAAAAUCCACAGCCAAAGACAGUUGCAGUACAGGUGAAAAUUAUGAUUCACCAGGGAAUCAAAUUUCCUCUGUCCCCCAAAUUGUGGAGGAAAGGACUACGGGGCAAAAAGAAAUAAGUUCAGAUUGUUCAGGGCAAGAUGGUGUCAAACUACCUGGUGCGCAAAAGACGGCUGCUGGGGGAAUGUGUGGCUCUUUAGAGCAUCAAACAGUCUGCAUUGCAUCAGAUGUAACCCAGGCUGAACGUACUGAAAAUGCAGGGUCUGACUCUGUGAGGACACUUUCAAGUGAACUUAACCAAAAACACAGUCAAAACACACCGGCCUUUAAACCUGUUGAGCAAAAUCCAGAAACUAUGAGCUCUGUGGGCUUGGACUUGGAGAAGAAUGGUUUAGGGCCCGAGGAGGACCAGAAAAACAUGCAGGGCUUUGAGCUUGGUAACAUUAUUAGUGAUGGCAUUUCCAAGCCAGCUCCUCCUCUACCUCAGGUAAAUGGUAAUGAUGGUUUGGAAAGUGAAAGUACUUUGGGCAAUUCUAUAAUGAGCUCAAAUAACGGUGUGCUCACAGUCAGGCUCCAGCCCAAGUCGACCAGCACCGGUAAAGCUGAGGACCAAAGGCCGGUUGUCUCAUUGAGAGACGACGUGCAGAAAAAGCCUUUAGUCAACGGAGAUUUCACCCCAGAAAAUGACACUGAAGAGAUUAAGGGGCAAGCCCCAAGUCUGGAUUCAAAUGUAGAUGGUAAGAAAAUGGUAUCGGAUCAGGAUUACAAACCUCCGCUGAAGAUGUCAAGGUGUGACAACAACUUGGUUCCAUUUGGAGCUAACGCUCAGAGCACACUGCAGCACAACAGCACUUCAGCGUUUCAUUCUGUGGAGCCCAAACCCAGUCCUCCAGUCAAGAUCAUAAGGAUGGCCCCUUCCCCUAUUCCCUCUGCAGAGGAGUCUAGUCUGAGCGACGACUUCACAGAGGAGAACAAUAACAGCAAGUCAGCAGAACCGUUCAAGACCAUCAUCACCACCACGGUAACCACUACUUCCACCAGCACCACCACGGUCGUCUCCACUCAGAAGAGGGUAGCUAAUGUGUCACUGCAAACAUCCAGAGAAUCAGCAACACCUGUAGUGGCGACGGAGAGCAGUGCAGUGUCUACCCUUUCUACCAUGACCAAAACAACAGUGACCAAACUAUGUUCCUCUGUGUUCGAUGGUCAGUCAGGAGACAGUCAGGGUGAAAUAGUAACACAAGAAGAGAAAACGACACUCUCAGCCUCUAAGACUGAGGUGGCAACUGAUGCCAGUGGUAAAACCUCGGCGUCAUCCAUCACUGUGUGCCACGAAAACUCUUCAGCCACGAGGGGCCGAGUGCGUCUUCUCAAAUUCUCCCGGACCAAGAAGAUGCGCUCUGACACAGCACUGCCUUCUUACCGCAAGUUUGUCACCAAGAGCAACCGGAGGAGUAUUUUCGUCCUACCCCAUGACGAUUUGAAGGUGCUGGCGAGACGAGGCGGAUUCCGCGAGGUUGGCAUAUUUAGUUACAACGCCAAGCCAUCGCAGGAUAUCUGGCCAUAUCCUUCACCUCGUCCCACAUUUGGCAUCACUUGGAGGUACCGACUGCAGACAGUGAAGUCUCUGGCGGGAGUGAGCCUCAUGCUGAGGCUCCUUUGGGCUUGUCUGAGAUGGGACGACAUGGCUGUCAAGCCAUCUGCAGCAGUCGGCACCACACGUACAGAGACAUCAGACACUGAAAUCACCACCACUGAGAUUAUAAAGCGCCGUGAUGUGGGUCCCUACGGCAUUCGCUCAGAGUACUGCAUCCGUAAAAUCAUCUGCCCCCUGGGAGUGCCUGAGACCCCAAAAGAAACGCACACACCUCAGAGGAAAGGUCUGCGCUCCAGUGCCUUACGGCCUAAGAAGCCAGAGCCCGCCAAACAGACGGGACCAGUGGUGAUUGAGACCUGGGUGCCUGAAGAGGAGCUGGACCUCUGGGAGAUCAGGGCCUUUUCAGAAAGGGUGGAGAAAGAGAAAGCUCAGGCAGCAGAGCAGGCCAAAAAGCGCCUCGAGCCGAAACCAGGGUCAGCCACAACUACCCCAGCAGGGACUCCGGCAGCAUCUGCUGUCACGCCCAAAGUCAUCGUAAGCUCAAUUUCAGGCCAUGGCACUCCCAGCGCCAAGGUGGUGCUAUCUACCAAGAUGGGAACCCCCGUCACAUUCCAGCAGAACAAGAACUUCCAGCAGUCUUUCGCCACCUGGGUCAAGCAGGGUCAAAGCACGCAAGCAGGUCCAGAGACCACCGUGGCCACAUCUAGUGGGCACACUUUCCACAUUACGGGAACCUCAGUCAGUGGAAAGGUUGUGACCACCAAGCUGCCGCUACCUGCCAACAGUAAGAUCGUCACAGUCAACGUGCCAGCUUCACAAGGAGGUGUAGUUCAGCAGAAGGUGUUGGGGAUCAUCCCAUCCAGUACAGCAGGCAAUGCCCAAACCUACACCGCAUUCCAGCCACGCACCACCACGCUGAGCAUCAAGCCCAGCACCCCAGGAUCCCAGCAGCAGGUCCUGGCAAGUGGUGGUCAAAUCCGUCCAGGAAUGACGAUGAUUCGAACUCCAAUCCAGCAGACGGGAUCAAUGGGAAAGACAAUAAUUCGCACCCCCAUUAUGGUUCAACAAGGGCAGGGUGGGCAGCAAGUAGUGACACAGAUCAUCCGUGGCCAGGCAGUUUCCACAGCCAUACCUGCUGCCAGCCCCGUCACCACGGUAACUGGUCAGGGAGUGUCCAGUCCUAAUGCGGGAGGACAGACGGCAGGCCAAACACCAACCGGCACCCCGCGGCCUCAGGGCCAGGGCCAGGUUAAACUCACCAUGGCCCAGCUCACGCAACUCACACAGAAGCAGCAAGCUGGGUCCAGUGUGGACAGACAGACUGGUGUUGGUGGUGCUCAACAAGCUGUGACGGUGAUGGUUCAGGGCCAGGGUCAGACCACCGGCCAGCUUCAGGUUAUACCGCACGGCGUCACCGUCAUUCCAGGACCCGGCCAGCAACUCAUGCAGGCGGCACUGCCCAAUGGCCAGGUGCAGCGCUUCCUCUUCACAUCCUUGCCUUCAGCUGCCACGCCCACAUCAAGCACAGCCACUACAGUUACCAGCCAGCCCAACUCCACCUCCAACAAAACUCCAGCCCAGCCAGCACAACAGGCUGCUGCCCCAAUCCAGGCAGGUACAACCCCGCUGGCCAAUACCAGCACCCCUUCAUCAGCGACCCCUCAGGGCCAGUUACCCCCGCAGACACAGGCCCAUAUGCCUGUCCAGUCUCCCACUUCACUGCAGGUUAAAACUCAGGGAGGAGCCACACAGCUACAGCUGCAGCAGACACCUCAGCUCAUCAGCAUGUCUGGACUGCAGCAGCAGGUACAGGUACUAGCCCAGCUGCAGGCCCAGCAGGGUGGAAGCUCUUUACCACAGCACAUCAAGCUGCAACUUCCUAUCCAAAUACAACAGUCUGGGACCACCUCAGCUCAGAGCGGACAGGUUGGAAAUGUAGUUACCAUCCAGGCAGCGUCUGUCCAAGAGCAACUGCAGAGAAUCCAGCAGCUCAGAGAGCAGCAGCAGCAGAAGAAGAGACAAGCUGCAGAAGCAAAGAGAGAGCUCACCCUCAACUCAGCCAACCAAAGUGACAUCAUCCAGAAACAGGUGGUCAUGAAACAAAAUGCUGUGAUCGAGCAUCUUAAGCAAAAGAAGACCAUGACGCCUGCAGAAAGGGAAGAAAAUCAGAGGAUGAUUGUUUGCAACCAGGUGAUGAAGUAUAUCCUCGACCGCAUAGACAAGGAUGAAAGGCAGGCAGCAAAGAAGAAGAAGAAGGAAGAGGUUGUUGAGGCAAAGAGGAGGCUGGCCAAUGCUAGCAGGCUCUCCUCACUGCUUUACCGACACAAAGAGAGCCUCAAGAUGGAGAUUUUGAAGAAGCGAGCGCUUCUCGACAAGGAGCUGCAGCUCCAGGCUCAGGAGGAGCUAAAGAGGGAUCUGUUACGCAUGCAGAGGGAGAAGGAACGGGCUCAGGCCCACCAGGCAGCUCAGGCUGCCGCUGCCGCCGCCGCUGCUGCCCACAACCAGCACCAGCAAACUCUGUCACACAAGCACGGCUUCUCCUCUCAACACCACCUCACCACCACCGUCACCUCCACACACAAGAGAAAACGGGAAGAGGAAAGGGAGAUGGCAACAACAGCCAAGUCCAAGAAGAAGAAGAUGAUCUCCACUACAACUACAAAGGAGAGCAAGAAGGAUACAAAACUUUACUGUAUCUGCAAGACUCCCUACGAUGAGACCAAGUUCUACAUUGGCUGUGACCUUUGUACCAACUGGUAUCAUGGAGACUGCGUGGGCAUCACAGAGAAGGAGGCCAAAAAAAUGGACGACUACAUUUGUGUGGAGUGUAAAAGGGGCCAGGAGAGCAGCACAGAGGAGCUGUACUGCAUCUGUCAGACGCCAUACGACGAGUCCCAGUUUUACAUCGGUUGUGACCGUUGUCAGAACUGGUACCACGGUCGCUGUGUGGGAAUCCUCCAGAGCGAGGCCAAUCACAUCGAUGAAUACGUGUGUCCUCAGUGUCAGUCCACGGAGGACGCCAUGACCGUGUUCACGCCGCUCACUGAAAAGGACUACGAAGGCCUGCGAAGGAUCCUGCGUUCCUUGCAGGCACAUAAAAUGGCGUGGCCGUUCCUGGAACCAGUGGAUACACACGAUGCGCCGGACUACUACAGAGUUAUAAAGGAACCAAUGGACCUGUCCACCAUGGAGGAGAGGUUACAGAAACGCGACUAUGUCAAGCUGACAGAGUUUGUAGCAGACAUGACCAAAAUCUUUGACAACUGCCGAUAUUAUAACCCCAGCGACUCGCCCUUCUACCAGUGUGCCGAGGUUCUGGAGAACUUCUUUGUCCAGAAGCUCAAAGGCUUCAAAGCCAGCAGAUUGUGAUGUCAAACUCCUGGGUGCCGGGGUCACUCUUAAACAAAACAUAAUUCUCAAUCCUGGAUGUUGCUGUUUUUACUUGUAUAAAACAGCGUUAAAAACUUUGUAAGAAAGUGCAGGUGAAUCACACGUAGGUGUGAUGAUCUUUGUAUUUUAAAAGCAAAGCAAAAAACAAUCCUCCUAUCUAAUAAUUGCAGCCAUGUUGGUAGCACAAAACAUUCAAGGGAUCAUGUAUUUUCUUACACUCUGAUAACAGAUGACGUUUUUACUAUGCGGGUUGGAUUUGAGGCAAAAUAUAAAAAUUGUGUUAAAGCUGUCAUGAGAUUUAAUUGGAAAAAAUUCUCACACACAAAGCAUGAUCUUUGUUGUAAACUUAGACUCCACAAACACGCGCUCAUAACUUAUUAUUUCAUUUGACAGAACCUUUUAUUUCUUGGUCAUAACAAGCUGCAGCAGAACAUUUCUUUUUUUUUUUACCUCAUUUCUAAGCAGAGAAUUUGAAAAAAAAAAAAAAGCAUGCAACAUUUAUCAUCAUACUUUUAUUGUUUGUAUCCAUAUGUCAUGUUUUAUGUUUUGUGAAUAACUGUUUUUAUGUUCUAAAGGAAAUAAUGGUAGUAAGUGUAAAGAUAGAUAUGAGAGAAGUCUAGCUUAGCUUUUCUGUUUUAAAUAUGAAGAGCUUGGAGCUGUCCAUGUUAGAAAAAUCAAAAGCAGGGGUAUAUGCAGUACAUUACUGGGCAGACAUCACACCACGCAUUUCAGAGACAUUUAACCAACAUGGCUGCUUGGUCUACGUCAAAGUAUCUGACCCACUGGCAUCCAAUACAUGUUUUGUUUUUUUUGUAUUUUGCCCUAUUCAUAUUUUUGUCAUAUAUUGUAAAAAGCUUUUAAUAAAAAAAAAAAAGGAAAAACAACAAGAAGAUUCUCCACAAGACUCUUCCUCCUGUCUCUGCCCGUCUCUCUAGGUCCCAUAACAACAAGCUACAGUCAGCAGCUUCUUAGUUCGCUCCUAAAAACUGGGUAUCAAAAAGACACACCUUUUGAGUGGUUAGGAGCCGUCUGGUCGGUGUCGGGCCGCACCGGGACCCGAGUUCACCCCGGAGAACAGCGCGCCUUCUCCACUCCAACACUGGUGUCCCCUCCCCUCCACCAUCUCCACCGCAGCGCUAAGGGGGGAGAAGAGGUCCGCUUUCCUUCUUCAGACCAGGGGGACGGCUGCUGCAGGCUCCGUUCAGCCUCACGUGUUCACACCAGUGUAGCCCCUCCAUCGAAAAGAAGAUGGAGGAGCAGGACUACCGAUGAGGUUACUGAGGCCGGGUGCUCGGUGGCAGUCCCAGCUCACAGCAGCAGCAGACUCUGAGUUUCUUCUGUAGCUGUCAUUCUGUAGGAUUCAUUUUCAUCUGUCUGCUACGGCAAACUUCUUGUUCUUCCCAAGACACUAUUUCAUUUCAUCCUUUCUCGUCAGAUUCAAGGGUUUUCUCCCUCCUUCAAAUGGAAAUGUGCAAUUUCACAAUGUGGAGAAAUGUGCAGCUUUCACGGUGCUGUGAAGUUCUCGUAUUUAACCAGUGCAUGCCUGAAAGCAGCGUUUGUCGGUACUGAAAAGUAAAAGGUCACUCCUUGUCUGACAGUAGAAGGACAAAAAUAAAUUUAAAAAAAUCACAAGCCCACUUCAUUCAGCACGUUUUUGGUGCAUUUUGUAGGAUCGCCCUCCAUGUUUCACCCAUGACUCCAGUGGACCAGGUUACUCUAACAAAGGUUUUGUUGUAGACUUCCAUGAACUUUGAACCAGCUGCAUAAAAUGCAGUUGAUGGCAGACAACACUGCGUCUAUCGGCAGUACAUUUCACAGUACAUUCCCUAUCAAAGUAACUCUGAUGCUGGGCUGAGUGACUCAAGAGUUGCACAUUUUGUUUGAAAGCAAAGAUGCUUUCAUGUUAUUUCCAGAGGGAAACACCCCGGACAGGCCAUCCCACCCACCGCAUCCGGCCCCUCUUGACCUUUUUCCAUGUAGUGUUCUGACAUGCAAGUGAAAAUACUGGCCCAGUGGUUCUUUUUAGCUUAGCUUUUUGAAGAAAGAAAGGACAUCGCAAGACCUUCAAAGAAGGUGAAACAGGCUGCAGAGACUUGAAAGUACUGUAGCUCCCUCCAUAAAGAGAUUCAUCAAAACGUCGUGUCUGCUUCUGCCCGUUCUUCUCCCGUUGUGUUUCUUCCACCAUUGAAGUUGAUAGGUUGGCUCACAUGUGUCUCUCACUCUCAGAGCAUGGUUAAGUAAUUGGAUAAUGGACUUUUCCACUCAGCAUCAUCUCAGUUAUGUUGUGGUCUGUGGGACAGCGGCUGGGAGGAACCUUGAGUGGAGACUGGGGGAGUCUUUGUACCGUGGGGUUUGUAUGAAAAUUUUAUAGCUGCAUUUUUUUAGCAUAUCUGGGAACAUUUUUGUAAUCUAUAAUUUUUGUAAGAGGGGAGCAGUUAUAAAACGGUUACAGUUGUCUUUAAAUUGACUAAAAUUUAAGAAAAUUAGGCAGACAUUUCUGUUUUGCUCCCAAGUUUUUAAAUUUUUGUGUGUUACGAGUUGAGAGAUGAUGUAGCCUCUGUCUUCUUCCCCAUGUUUCUUUCUCGCUUGAAUGCCCAUCUAUUUGUAAUCAAUGAUAAUGUGCUUUAUCCACUGUUUGUAAUCUCUAUUGUAUAUUAUUUCUGUUCAAAUAUGUAGAGAUGAAAGAUUUUUAGAGCAGUAGAAACUUUUAUUUUUCACUAUUGGAACCAGCAACAAAGCCCUUCUGUAUAUUUCAACUGUAUUUUUUUGUCUUUAAUUGAAGUGGACUCUACAUUUAGGUAAAAUUGCCCUUUAUAUAUAAAGUGCUACAAAUUGUGAGCAUAAACGUUUUGAAUGGGGUAGAGUGACACAGUAACUUGUACAGAGAUUUUCUUUUUUCUAAGAAACCAACCAGUUCUGCAUAACUUCUAUAUUGACAGUGCAUUUCUUGUAUUAUUUAUUCAUAAUGAUGAAAAGUUCUCCGUUUUUCUUUUGAGUAAUGUUGAGGGAACGUAACUGCAGAUGAAAAGUAUUCUAUGUUUUUCACAGAUUGUGGCCACUCUGAAGAGAUUCUCUUUUGUACUCGAUAGGACAUUUCAUCCUAGAAA